AGGACUCCCCCCUCCUUCCCCAGCCGCCUGCAGCUCGGAACUACGCGCGCGGCGACCCCAAGUUCUUCGAGGCCCAGGAGGAGCACCGCCGCGUCCGGGUCCGCUCCGCCGUCUGGCUCGCCCUCUCCAUCCUCUUCGUCGCCGGCAUCGUCUUCGCGUUCGCGGACCCGGGGUAUCUGCGCGACUGGGGCAUGGCGGGGCAGCUUCCGCGCCAUCCGGACGCUGCGGCGGAGCAUCUGUUGAGCGUUGCGCCUGUUAUCGAUGGACAUAUUGACCUGCCUGAAGUCAUUCGCAUGGCGUUCGCGAACAACCUCAGCGCGGUCAACAUCGGUAAACCCUUCCCUAUGCAUGUCGACAUUCCCCGCUUGCGCAAGGGCCGCGUCGGCGGGUUCUUCUGGUCUGUCUACGUCGACUGUCCGAACCCGGAUAUUGAGGGUGCGGAUUUCCUGAACUCGACUUGGCGAGUCCGAGACACGCUCGAGCAGAUCGACGUUGCGACGGGUCUCAUUGACAAGUACCCCGAUACAUUCGCGUUCGCGCUCACCUCGGGCGAUGUCAAGGAGGCCAUCUCCGAGGGAAAGAUCGCCAGUCUACUUGGGGUCGAAGGCGCACACCAGAUCGGCAACUCGAUCCACGUCCUCAGGCAGUACCACCGCCUCGGCGUGCGCUACAUGACUCUAACGCACAUCUGCCACAACGCGUUCGCCGACUCGGGCGGCUUCCUCAAGCCGUUCGAGCCUCUCCACGGCGGACUCAGCCCCCUCGGAUUCAAACUCGUCGAGGAAAUGAACCGCCUCGGCGUCCUCGUCGACCUCUCGCACACCUCGGACGACACCGCGCGGCAGGCGCUCACGCACACCAAGGCGCCCGUCAUCUGGUCGCACUCCUCCGCGCGCGCGGUGCACGAUGUCGCGCGCAAUGUCCCCGAUGACAUUCUCGAGAUGAUCGGGUUCGGACCGAACCAGACGGACGCUGUCGUUAUGGUCAACUUUGCGCCUUACUUUGUCGCGCCUGACGGAGAAGCGACCCUGGAGGCGGUCGCUAACCACGUCGAGCACAUUGCGCGUGUGGCUGGGAAAGAACACGUCGGGAUCGGCAGCGACUACGACGGCAUCGGCGCGACCCCUGUAGGUCUAGAGGACGUCUCGAAGUACCCCGGCCUGAUCGCCGAGCUCUACCGCCGCGGCUGGAACAAGUUCGAGCUCGCCGGUCUCACGGGCAAGAACUUCCUGCGCGUCUUCGAGGGUGCGGAACGCGCCGCGCGCCAGCUGCAGGCUGCCGGGGCGACGCCGGCGUACGAUCUGUAUUCUAAGCGGACGGAUAUUCCACCGGCCAGGACGGAACUUUGAGCGUACGGGCUUCCUCUUUUAUGUGGCCCUUAUUGGUUGAUACCCGUCUGGAUGACGGUUGGGCAUCACUGUCUCCGAUCUACUGUACAUACUAUGUUUUGUCGUGUUGAAUCAGAACUUUC